AUGCGUCUUACAGCGGACCUAAUCCAAUCCUCCCUCUCCUACCUCAAUCCGCUCAAGGAACGCGAAUUAGAUCUUCGAGGUCAUAAGAUUCCGGCGGUGGAGAAUUUGGGGGUUGCGGGGCCACACGAUGCAAUUGAUUUCACAGACAAUGAUAUCCAAGUUCUGGGCAACUUCCCCCUCAGUCCACGUCUAAGAACUCUUCUCCUAGCUCGCAAUCGCGUCUCGAGUAUCUCACCUACAUUGUCGAAAUCAUUACCAAAUCUGACGACGUUGGUUUUGACAAGUAAUAAUGUGGCAGAGUUGGCAGAUUUGGAUGCAUUGGCUGGGUGUGCGAGGUUGACGAGUUUGGUUUUGAUGGAGAAUCCUGUGACUAGGAAGGAGCAUUAUAGGGAAUGGGUCCUAUUUCGAUGUCCAAAUGUGAGAUUUUUGGAUUAUAAGAAAGUCAAAGCUGCAGAGCGAGAAAGAGCGCAAGAAUUAUUUGGUACAUCUGCAGAACCAUCUACUCUUGCAUCGAAGGUAAACAUCUCUUUAUCCUCCUUUCCCCUCGUCAUUUUACCAACAUGGUUCCUCCAGAUUAUGGGCAUCAAAUCUCGCACAUUCGAUACAACCAGCACGACUAAUGGCGCUUCUGCAUCCUCAACAUCCAAAUCCUACCGCGUCAAGCUUACCGAUAAAGAACGAAAGAAGGUCGAAGAAUUAAUCAAGAAUGCAAAGAGUUUGCAGGAGAUUAUCAAACUAGAGAAAGAGUUGAAUGAAGGAAGGGUUCCAGCUGCCGCGCAGGGCGAUGAUCCAAUGGAGCAAUAA